AUGGAGCCCCUGGGUGCCUGGGGCCCUGCGCGGGUGGCUGCCUGGCUGCGAGGGCUGGACCCGGCGGUGCAGGGCUACCCCUUCGAGGCCUGGGGGCUGGCAGGGCCCCAGCUGCUGGCGCUGUCGCCGGCGGCUCUGGAGGCGCUGGGCGUGUGGCGCCUGGGGCACCAGGAGCUGCUGCUGGAGGCUGUGGAGCAGCUGCGAGCCCUGGACGCGGGGCUGGCAAGCACCAGCCUGCGGACGCUGACCGAGAGGCUGCAGGAGCUGGCGCAGGGCAUCCAGGGCCUGGUGCGGGGGGGGGCACCGGCAGGGGCUGACCCCCACCCCCCCUCCCUCGGCCUCCUGUCCCGCGUUGUCGACCUGCUGGGUGCUGCCAAGGGGCUCUUCUCCUGGCUGAACAGGUAUCUCUUCUCCACCCUCAAUGACUUCUCGGCCAGCAGAGACAUCGUCCUGCUCUGUGCCCAGCUGGCAGAGACGCUGCAGGCGGACUGCCCUGCAGCUGAGAGGGACAGCAAGAUCCUGUGGAUUUGCCAGCACAUUGUGGGCAUCUGCGAGAGCAUCCUGGGCUGCAGCCCCCCGGCGCUGCUGGACUGCAGGGCUGUGCUGCAGCGUGUGGGGCUGCAGCGGCUCCCCGGCCCCCAGCACAGCCCCCCAGCGUCCCCACACACCCCAACGCUGCCUCUUGGCCUGUGGGGGAGCCCCCCAGCGUCCCCUGACACCCCAACGCUGCCUGCCAGCCCAGGGGCCUGCCCCCCGACGUCCCCUGACACCCCGACGCUGCCCUCUGACCUCCCGGGGGCUGCCCUGCCCCUCCUCACUGCCCCACUGGGCCUCGAGGUCACCUCCUCCAGCUCCUGCCUGCACUUUGUGUCUGCAGCCACUCCAGAGGCCCUGGCUGCCCACGGGGGCCGCAUCCUGCCCGGGGAUGAGAUCGUGCAGGUCAACGAGCAGGUGGUGGUGGGGUGGACCCACAGCAACCUGGUGAAGAAGCUGCGGGAGAAGGGGAGCGGAGUGGUGCUGGUGCUGAAGAGGAUCCCCCUCCCCCUGCCCUGCUCACCCCCCUCCCCCAGGCAGCAGCUCCCAGGUACAGUUCUGGACGCUGCAGAUCAUCCUGGCACCAGGAGCAGCGAGUGCCCGGGCAGCCCUGUGUCCCUGACCUCCAGUGCUGCUGCUGACUUGGAAUCGGGGCCGGACUCCGCACCAGACCUUGGCAGCGACGAAGAGGACGGAGAGGACAAGAGGGACUUGGGGCUGCCCGGGGCGGCGGUGGGCGAGCUGCUGGGGCUGCCUGGCUGCGGUAGGAGGGGGGCAGGGGAGGGGGGCUGGGAUGGUUUCUCCCCCCAGGAUGGGAGGCUGCAGCCUCGCUUGUUGUUGUUCACAGGUGUGCAGGAGGAGGCAUCGCAGGAGGGUGGCACCCCCCUGGGCACCCCCCUGGGCACCCCACCAGGCGCCCUUGCUGCUGCUGGGCCUUGCACCACAGAGCUCAGCCCCACAGUAGCCCCCACUGAGGGGUCUGGGGGUGCAGAGCACAGCCCUGGGGAGGGCAGCCCCCAGGCAGGACGCAGACCUAAAGGAGUGGCGACCAGGCUGAGCCGCCGGCGAGUGUCCUGCCGGGACCUGGGCCGGGUGGACUGCGAUGGGUGGCUCCUGAAGAAGAAGGACCACGGAGGCUUCAUGGCCCAGCGGUGGAAGCGGUGCUGGUUUGUGCUGAAGGGCCACACCCUCUACUGGUACCACCACCCCAACGAUGAGAAGGCUGCAGGGCUGCUCAACGUGGCCACCUACGACCUGGAGAGCACCAGGGAGCAGAAGAAGAAAUACGUGUUCCAGCUCUCCCAUCAGAGGUACAAGCCUUUCAUCUUCGCUGCAGAGACUCUGGCUGACCUCAGCAUGUGGGUCAGUCACCUAAUAACAGCCAAAACCAAGUAUGCCCUGGCCCACCAGUCAGUGCCAGACAAGGAGGAAGACUGCUACAGUGAGACAGAAGCUGAGGACCCUGACGAUGAAUCCCCCAGGCCAGGAUGCGACUCCCCAAAGAAGAGGUUGCCAACCCCCCUGGAGAAAUCCCAGCUCCUCUCAGGCAGCAGCCAGCCCAGCAGCACAGCCAGCAGCCCCCAGGGCAGCCCCCGGCCCUGCUCGCCCAUGGAGCCCGCUGGGGAGGAUCUGGAGUGCCUGAUGAGGUGCCUGAGGCAGGGGGGGGUGUCCCUGCUGGGCCGGCAGCGCUUCCUGACGCAGGAGCAGUGCCGCAAGUCCUUCAUCCGGCGCAACAGGAACCCCCAGGUCAACGAGAAGGUGCACACCGUGCGGGCCCUGCAGAGCACGCUCAAGGCCAAGCUGGUGGAGCUGCAGGCUUUGGAGCAGCUGCUCAGCGAUGCUGCUCUCACUUCAGCAAAGUUCUCACGCUGGAAGGAAGAGCACCAGGAGCUGUACCAGGAGCUGCAGGAGUGGUGGGCACCAAGGCAGGGCCAGGACAGCAGCGGGGGGCUCGAGGCCGAGCAUGGCUCCCACAAAGAGGCAGCUGAACCCUGACACCCCUCUGGCACAAAUCCUUGCUGAUAACUGGUGGUGCUGUGGGAGCUGAGUGGGUGCUCUGCCUGUGCUGGGGGAGCUCAUGGGCAAUGGAUGUUUUUGAAGGCUCAGCCCCCAGCGUGGACUUGCUGCAGAAGUGGUUUCUGCUGCAUCCCCAGGGAGGGGACAAGUGACAAUCUUGCUUUUUUGGAGGACCUUUUGCCUCAGCUGCACG